AUGUCUCGCUGUAAAUGUCCUAAAUCGGAUGUGAAACCGAUCGAAUGUUCUCCUUACUUCGAGAACAUCACGUCCAAGAUGGAGGAGCGUCGUUGCGAUCUGAUAGGCAGGGAGAAGAAUUUAAGGGACAAGAUCACGACGAUGGAACGUUCGAUACCGGCAUUGAUCGCGUACAACAUGUGGAUGGCCAAGGACAAAUGCUUGGACUCGCCGUACUGCAAGAUACGUGACAUGAUGAGGCAAUUCUCCGGGCAGCCGGACCCGACCGAGCAGCUUCUCGCGAGCCUGAAGAAGACCGUGAAGGAACUGAACCAAGAGACGUCCGAGUUGCAUGAGAAGAUCAUUCAAGCGGACGUGAAGUUGGAGGAGACCGACAUGGAGCUCGAAUCGUUGGAACUGAUGAACAAGGAAACGAACGUGAAACUGACCAGUCUCGAGAACGAAGUGAACAGUUACGUGACGCCGAGCCUUCAUUCCAUCCAUUCGGAGGAUCUGAUCUGUUUGUCGAAGAUUCGUCAGCUGGCUAAGGAGGAGUUAUGCUUGAAGCACUGUAUCAGGCAGCUGGAACAAAAGGAGACGUUGUUCAAGGAGCACAUGGACCGGUUGUUAACGUCCAGAGAGUAUCAGAGCAUGUCUAAUAGACGAAAAAUAGUCGGCUGUCUUCAAGAUGUACCAGACUGCGGUGGCAAGAGGAUAUGCUGCUUGCCCAAGAUGUGUUUGUCGCGCAAACCGGCCGGUGAACGUUUCAAGAAGAAGCCAGAGGACACUGAGAUAUUCAGCGAGAGCGAAAAAACACAGACGCAAUGCGACGCAGGAGUCUCCACUUCGGAUCAGAACGUUAGCAAACAAGACAAAACGGAAGGAACGGCGGAGAGGUCUUCGUGGAUUUCUAAUUGGUGGUCGGGUAACCGGAAGAGUGACCAAGUGGCUCAGAAAAAUGUAGAAACAACACCUAGCGGCGAAGAUAAUGAGAUUAAAAAAGCAACCGCGGCGGAAGCAUCAACGCAAUCAAGCAGUGUCGGGAAAGAACCGAAGGAAAAGAAGGUAACCAGCGAGCAACCGUCCAAGAAAACGGAUCAGACAUCUUCUUGUAAACCUUGUAAACGCGAAAUCUGUCCCCCGCCACAUUCAACGAGAACUGGAAGCAAAAAAGGAAAGAACAAGCUCUGCGCGGGAAAAUUGAUUGGGCCCUGUAAUGUUCCAUGUAUGAAGCCGUUUAAGGGUUGUUCCAACUCUAGACCGCCGAGGAAACCCUUCUGCGACAUACCACGUUGCCUAAUCGACCAUGGCAUUCGAAGCACGUGUAAAUCGUUCGGCCCGCUUUGCGAUCUUGGUGGUCCAUGUGAAAUUUGUCCGUUGAUGACCUGCAAGGAUUACUUGCAACCCACGAACAAUUGCAGAUGCAACUGCAAGGGUCAGUGUGCCAGUGGACUGUCGACGGCAGAGUGCAAUUGCAGCGACGCAUUGGAGGAGUACCAACCAACAGCUUCGCAGCUGCACAAGAGCCCAAAUGCCGACGAUGGGAACACUGAUGACGAAUACUGCGAAUGUUGUUCAUGUGGUUGCGAGGACAGCGAUGCAUCCUAUUCGUGCCAGUGCUAUUAAUCGUGAAUGUACCACAGUCGAGAACAAUGGAAGCAUUUCUCA